UCGCUCGAUUGUACAAUGACAUGUCAGUGUAUGUUUUCAUUGUGAAAGAUUAUAAUUGAUAGCGUCUGUCAAUUAAGAUCUAAUACAAAACUCUGACAUGAACUUCUAUAAUUGUAUAAAUGAUACAAGAUAAAAUCGUAUCUUCUUGAAUGUGUACAUUUCCUUUAGCCCUCGACUGCAUUGCAUCGCCAGUGGUUAUGCUACGCGCAAAACAACGAGCAGCGAUGAAUAAAUAGGUUAAACUUAUAUAUUUAGAUUCAAUAGUUUCUGGCAAUCAACGAAAAAUGCUACAAACGCUUCGAGAACGGUCUCAAAAACGCAAGAAACUUCUAGCGCAAACGCUAGGCGUUUCGAGCGUGGACGAGCUGCGACAGAUUUUGGGAACGGAUAUCGAUGACGCCCAAAAGAAGAAAGUAAAAUCGGUACCCGAAAAGUCGGAAAAUGGGGUGAAGGAUUUGAAGAGCGAUGCGACCACAGCGGACGAAAUCGUUUACAAGGAUUCCUCAACGUUUUUGAAGGGAACACAGUCGUCGAAUCCACACAAUGAUUACUGUCAGCAUUUCAUCGACACGGGUCAGCGGCCGCAAAAUUUUAUCAGAGACGUAGGUCUGGCCGACAGAUUCGAGGAAUACCCGAAGUUGCGGGAACUUAUCAAGCUGAAAGACGACUUGAUAGCGGAAACCGCUACACCACCUAUGUAUCUAAAAACGGAUUUGCUUACAUACAAUUUAAAGGAACUCAACUGCAAAUUCGACGUGAUACUCAUCGAGCCUCCAUUGGAGGAGUAUCAACGCACGUGCGGCGCCACGAACGUUCAGCUUUGGAAUUGGGAUCAGAUAAUGGAAUUGGACAUCGGCGAAGUGGCUGCGAAUCGAAGUUUUGUGUUCUUGUGGUGCGGCAGCAGCGACGGACUGGACAUGGGACGUUUUUGUCUUCGCAAAUGGGGCUUCAGACGAUGCGAGGACAUUUGUUGGAUUCGCACCAACAUUAACAAUCCGGGCCACAGUAAAAAUUUGGAUAGCAAAGCAGUCCUCCAAAGAACCAAGGAACAUUGUUUGAUGGGAAUCAAAGGGACCGUGAGGCGAUCCACGGACGGUGAUUUUAUCCACGCUAACGUGGAUAUCGACCUAAUUAUAUCGGAGGAACCAGAGUAUGGUUCUAUAGAAAAGCCCGUAGAAAUAUUUCACAUAAUCGAGCAUUUUUGUCUUGGCAGACGACGGUUGCACUUGUUCGGUCGAGACAGUACGAUUCGGCCAGGAUGGCUCACCGUUGGACCCGAAUUGACGAACACGAACUUUAACGCGGAUCUUUACACCAGUUACUUUGCAAACGGUCAAAUCACGACCGGGUGCACUGAGCGCAUAGAGGCUCUCAGACCGAAGUCUCCGCCACCCAAAGGAAAGGUUACCGGUCGUGGCAGGGGUGGGUUUAAUCGUGGACGAGGCAGGGGAAGGUAAAACGGAUUCUUGUACGCUUUUAACUCGCGCGGAACGCGAAUUGGGAGAACGAAAAAGGUGAAAAGAAAUUUGUGCCGUUGCAAAUUGCAUCGUAGAAAGAACUUGUACUUCUCUUGUAUUGUACGAUAUUUCUUACUUUACAAACUGUAAUACCUCGUUCGAGGAUACCGCGCUACCGUAUACUCCAAAUUAUUAUCUCGUUUAUAAUUUCAUUUCGAUCAAGGCGCAUCGAUUUCGUAUAAACUGUUACGACGUUGAGAAGCAAGCAGCAUUGAAAAUAAGCUAGAUACAAAACUCAAUUGAUUCUUUCCUUGUCGAAUACUCGCGAUCACUCUGUCUAAUGUGUAUAAAAUGAAAGAAAAAGAAUUUAAUCCUGUUCUGUACUCUUAUCGUAAGAUUUAUAAAAAUUUACAUUCUUGUAUGUACAUAUCUCGGGUCGCAUUCGAGACAAAUUUCAUACGACCCCGUGUCCUGUAAGAUUUUGUAACGCAAACCGCGCGAAUGUGUUUGAUAUAGAUCAGUCGAAUCGAACAAAAAAAGAUUUUUUUAAUAAAAUGCAAUGUC